UUUCUUCAACCACACCCACAGGCGCAUUUCCCAACACUGCUGCGCUCCUCUACCUGUCGGAGGGAGGCAAAUCUGUGCUUUGGAGGAUCAAAACGACCUGAAAGCAACGGGAAAUCCUUUGGACGUACGCACGCGAGCGUCCCCUCUCCCGGCGAUGGACUAACGUGGUUUCUUGGUCUGAAGAUAAACGACGACCAAGAGGAGAUAAACUUAAGGGAAAGGAUAUUUGAUUGCCAGCCAAGAACAUGGACUGGAAGACCUUUCAGGCCCUCCUCAGUGGGGUGAACAAAUACUCCACGGCGUUCGGGCGGGUAUGGCUGUCGGUGGUGUUCGUGUUCAGGGUGAUGGUGUACGUCGUGGCGGCGGAGCGGGUGUGGGGCGACGAGCAGAAGGACUUCGAUUGCAACACCAAGCAGCCCGGCUGCGCCAACGUCUGCUACGACCACUUCUUCCCCAUCUCCCACAUCCGCCUGUGGGCCCUGCAGCUCAUCUUCGUCACGUGCCCGUCCUUCAUGGUGGUCAUGCACGUGGCGUACCGCGACGACCGCGAGCGCAAGCACCGGGCCAAGCACGGCGAGGACAGCAAGCUGUACAACAACACGGGGAAGAAGCACGGCGGCCUGUGGUGGACCUACCUGAUCAGCCUCUUCGUCAAGACGGGCAUCGAGGUGUCCUUCCUCUACAUCCUCCACCGGGUCUACGACAGCUUCUACCUGCCCAGGCUGGUCAAGUGCGAGGUGUCGCCCUGUCCCAACCAAGUGGACUGCUACAUCGGCCACCCCACCGAGAAGAAGGUCUUCACCUACUUCAUGGUGGGAGCCUCUGCCCUCUGCAUCAUCCUCAACAUCUGCGAGAUCAUCUAUCUGAUCGCCAAGCGCGUCGUCAGAUGCGCCAACAAGGUCAAGAGGCGCAACCGCAACAUGCCGGUGCCGCCGGACGACUACGACGACCCCUUCAACAACUGCAACCUGCCGCUGAAUAAACACGAGCUGAAGGACAAGCCCCCGUCCUUCAAGACGGCGUCGAAGAUUCCAUUCAGGCCGGCGGCGCUGAAGCUGGAGGAGAAGAUCCGGGCCUCGGCUCCCAACCUGUCCUCGUAUUCGUGAUCAUCGCGGGAUUCAGGCCAAGGAGAGGGAGUGCGACAGGGAUUGGGCUAGAUCCCCCCCAAAAAACAAAAAAAAACUCUGAACUUUGAGCCAAAUUAUGAAAUGUGUCAGCGCCUGGAAGCUGAGUCAUCAGUACUGGAUUCAUCCCACGGGCCCCUGAGUCCACAGACUCUUCAGGAGCUCCUGAACUUUUGUUUCCCGGUCAACAUGCACAAUAUUUACAAAUCAGUCCGGGAAUAACUGAUUUAAUAUUGAUAUGUGGUUUUCCUUUGUAUUCAGACUGUAACAGUGCCUUUUCCGAGUCAGCCCGGCUAUCAGAACAUUCCAGGAAAGGUUUGCUCUUUUUCAGUUGAGAGCGGAGUGUUGACAUGAGAGGGGAAUGGAGUGAAAAGGGACACACCUGGCAGAGGUAUUCAUCGUCCCUGCCAGCGUCUCGCAUCGUGUUAGGGCGCUAUUCAGGCACUGGGAGCUUCAAUCACAUCUUUUGAUUAAUUUGAACUCAAAUCAAAGGGGUUUGUCUUCAAAAUUUUAGGUUCUAAUGACCAAAACCCAGCGAGAAAUGGGGAAUAAUUCAGCACUGACGCCCAAAUGCUCCAAAAGUCAAAGGAUGAGUCUUACUUGAAUGUGUGCAAACUGGCCCAGAAACGAGGUUUUUCGUUGCGUUUAUGGCUCAGAAAAUGUUUAGCGACAGCCAACAAAUUGCUUUUUUUACAUUCCUUGUACUUCAACUCCCAGCAGGCAUAUUGCUUGUUCCGGGGUUCAUGCUGCACAGCCACACGUUGUCCAAAGCCCGCCUGUGUUUUGACGUGCUUGUACACAACCUCGCCUGAUCCAUGACCACUGUUGAUUUUAAUAAGGCGACAGGAAUGCUGCUGUUUAAUGCUGUGUGGGCCGUACUGGAGCACAGUGGAGGAAUCAGGACGAGCAGACCGCUCAUUGAACUAGAAAGUAUUUUUUUGUGUGCCACUCAAUGGAAAUGUAUAUUCUGCUAUUGUUAAUAUUUCAUAUGGUUUUUAUAAAUGUAAAUAUAAUAAAUCUAUUGAAUAUAUGUGCGUUUGUUUGGUGUUUUGACUGGAUAUCACUUAGUUUUUUAUACAGGACCUGCUACCUCAGGUUCGUACAGGGACUCUCUCUGCCUAAACGUGUUCUCAUUAUCCUCAUUAUCAUUAGAAAAGUCCAAUUUUUCCACUGAAGCUGAGUCAUAGCGCCAAUUCCUGUACCGACUGAUACCAGGCUUGCAUGCUGGGUCAUUUUCCGUCAUGGUAAUUCGCCGUGAAUCACCACGACACGGUCCUGCCUGUGACACACACAGGAUACAUGAUUGACGACGUCGUUGGAGGCCUGCUGGAAGAAUCUCAGUCUGCCGGAUGGACCCGUCAGGCGGGUUUUUAAAGAAGGUGCAGCGAAGAAAACGGUUUUUGUUUACUCUGAAUCACUUCUGUCACCUUAAAAAAAAAAAAAAAAAAAAAAAAAAAAAAA